AUGACUUCUUAUCUGAACUAUUUCGGCUUUGGAGGUGACAAAGCGUCAUCUGCGAAAGUCGAAGACGCCCUACCAGCAAAGCAAUCUCCAGUUCGAGCCUUGCCGGCUGCAUGGUACACUUCACCGGAGAUGUACGAGUUUGAGCGACGAGCUAUCUUUACUCGUAGAUGGCUAUUCAUGACCCAUGCCUCGCGCAUCAAGAAUGCUGGAGAUUUCCUUCGCUUCAACAUUGCUGGGUACGAUGUUAUCAUCAACCGCGAUCGUACUGGAGCGGUCAACGCCUUUCACAACGUAUGCAGACAUCGUGCUUAUCCUGUAGUUGAGAAGAAGGAAGGCAAUGCCAAGAUCUUCGCCUGCAGAUAUCAUGGCUGGUCGUACGGUCUGAACGGCAACCUUGCCAAAGCACCAGGGUACCAGAAUCUCGAAGGUUAUCAGAAAGAGCAAAACAGUCUUUUCCGCAUCCACGUCAAAGUCGACAUUAACGGUUUCAUCUGGAUCAACAUGGACGCAAAAGAAGUGCCAGAAGUGCCUUGGGAAGAACACUUUGCCGAUGUCGACAAGCAAGAAAGAUACAAAGACAUUGAUUUUGACAACUACGAACUCGACCAUACUUAUGAGCUGGAAGGAGAAUUUAAUUGGAAGAUUCUAGCCGACAACUUCAAUGAGUGCUAUCAUUGUCCUACGACCCACCCGGACAUCCCUGAUUUCAUUAAUCUCGAAACUUUCGAUUCUGAUCUCAAGGAUGGCCAUAUACAGCAUCACUGUAUUUCUACUCCAGAGCAAGCAGCCAAGGGCUUAGGUGUGCACAGUACAUACUACUUUCCAAAUACUUCCAUGACCGCCUCACCACACUUCAUCAUGAUCCAGAAGUUCCUGCCCAGCGGUCCUCUGAAGUCAACCAUGAACUAUGAGAUCUACCGCAACAAGCACUCUUCCGAGGAAGAUUUCAAACUCAUCAGUUCUAUGUACGCUCGCGUGAUGGCAGAAGACAAAGUGCUUUGCGACCAAGCGCAGAAAAACCUCAACAUUGGUGUAUUUGUGAACGGGCAAUUGCAUCCGAAGUACGAAAAGGCACCAUUGUUUUUCCAGCAAACUGUGCGGGAGGUUAUCACGGCUCACUUUAGGAGGGAGCAACAAGAGGGAAGACAGAUUUGGCCAGCGAGGAGAGAAGCUGAUGAUGAGGUGAGUAAGGAUGACAUUUUGAUUUGCGAGGGGAUCAGCUGUGGUGAGAAGAAAGAGGCUUUGGUUUGGUAA